GGGGGAGAGAGAGAGAGAGAGAGAGAGAGAGAGAGAGAGAGAGUCGUAAAUCGUUUAGAAGUCGGGGGGAGAGAGAGGUGACGUAAAUUAUGGCGACGGCGAUUGCAAGAUCUGUACUCAGGACGACCCUACGCGGUGGUGGUCCACGGGCUCCUGCUUCGAAGAGAACCUUUUCUUCCUCUGCCCACCACGACGACGCCUAUGAAACGGCAAAAUGGGAGAAGAUAACAUAUGCUGGCAUUUUCACUUGCACUACUUUGGCAAUCUUUAUCCUUUCAAAGGGCCAUGCUCAUCAUGAAGAGCCUCCUGCAUACCCGUAUAUGCACAUUCGCAACAAGGAGUUCCCCUGGGGUCCUGAUGGUCUUUUUGAGGGGAAGAAGCAUCAUUGAUCCUUAAAGGCAGGCAAUACCGUGGAUAUCUAUCUGUCUUGGAAUAAUUGUUGUUCAGUUCUAUCCGGUUUGUGUCAUCUGGAAUUUUACUCUUUGAGACAAAGAUCUCUAUGAAUUCGGUGUUAGGAGUUCGCAUUACAGAAUCUGGGAUUCGGGCUGAAUGUUGAAGUUUGUUCGUCUCUUGUGUUUCCUCUUCUGACUCGUUUUUCAUACCCUGUUUGCUGCAAAUAAGAACUUAUGAAUUGGAUGUCCUCCAGAUAAA